AUGGCUGAUACUGCCGAACAACCAGUCAAACUCGCUGAAAGUGAUGAGAUUAAAAGUACACAGGUGAAUGGUGGCAAUGCUGAUGAUGUUGAGAAAUCAUCGUCAAACCCUGAACCAAUGGAAUUGAAUGCUGCACCGUCGCAACAACAAAAUGGUGGUACUACAGUAACGGAAAACGCCGGUUCAAGUGGUGAAGGAGGAUCUCAAGGUACGACUCAAUCACAAGGCGAAAAUACGACAAGUACCGCCGCACCGGUCGCAAAAACACCUGCUACGCCAAACACAGGUUCUCAACAACAAGAUGAACCAGUUAAACCGGCGCAGAAAGCAGAAUUAUCAUCAUUGCCAACACGAGCUUAUCUAGACCAAACUGUUGUUCCAAUAUUAUUACAAGGUAUGAGUCAAUUAGCCCGUGAGCGUCCAAAUAAACCGAUUGAAUUUUUGGCAUUAUAUUUAACACAAAAUAAAGAAAAAUAUGGUGAAUGA